CCCGGCGGGGCGGGUGGAGCAGGUGUCGGGCAGCGGGGAUCUCGAGCGCGUCGCGACCCCAGGAGGAGCGGCCUCCGGGGCCCCGCGGACCCAGAACCCUGCGAUUCCGGGGGUCGGCCGGGGGCAGUCGUUCAUCACUGAAAAUGCACGCUUAAAGCUGUACAGUGUGAAGGCCAUGUGAGGACACAGUGAGGAGGUGGCCACCUGCAACCCAGAGGGAGAACAUCAACCCUCCUGGCACCUUGAACUUGGCCCUCCAGCCUCCAAAACCGUGAGGAAGAUGUUCUGCUGUUUAAGCCACUCAGCCUGUGGCAUUUUGCUCUUGCAAUCCGGCUAAGACAGGGAGAGAGUCUUUGAUGGGUAGUAGCAAAGUCUGAACAAUUCCUGUGAUGGAAGUUGCAGUAGGACAGUAGAGAGCUAUGGGGCCUCUUUUUUAAUGGCAAGUCUCAAACUCACAAAAGCAGAGAGGACCUAACAAACUCCACAUGCCCAUCAGCCAGCUUCAGCAAUUCCGGCCAGCUUCUGGCCCUUCACCGGCCCCAAGCACACUCAGGCCCAGCGCCCUAGCUGGCAUUUCCUCCAUGAAGCAGAUGCCCUUGUGCCCGCUACCAGGCCUCCGUGGCAGUGGAGACUCGCACUGCUCAGGGCAGACUGUGCGGAGACGGUUCUCAGCAUAGCAAGGACAGAGACGGAUGUACAGAUGCAAGGACUCUCCUGUACCUGCAUCAGGGAUGUGAGGUCACGACUGCAUGCAUGGAGGUGCUGCAGUCACCCUGUGACUACGAGGGACAAGCUAAGAGAACUGAUGCCUUGGAAAUCACAGGGCCAAGCUCAACAUCAAGAAAGAAAGCCAAUAAUUGGGAAUGAUAGAAUCUACCACCCUUCCGGAACCCACAACCAAAUCAAGCAACGGCCCAUCAGGAAAACGUCAAGCGACCAUAGGUGUCUGGGGUCACGGGAAAUCAGGGGCUUGCACCGAAUGAGGUGGGGGAGGAAAGUCAGGGAAACUGUUGCCACGACCUCAGCCCCAGCACCGAGGUGGACGGUCUGGAGCUCGCGGGGGGCCGCUGCCGUCCCCAGCCCUGGAGAGCCCUCGCCCGUCUCUCGUCUGCAGCAGGGAAGCAGGUGCUUCACGAAGGCUCCCUUAAGUUCACGGCCACGCUGCCGGCUGCCUCCGGAUUUCUCCUCGGCAAACUAGAACGUUCCAGAGGCAGUUCUGGGAAACGCGGCUCCCAGCUUGGCACGGGCCGAACGCUGGUGUCCGCCCCAACCCCCUAGGUUGAGGUCUGACCCCACCGUGACGGUACUUGGGGACAGGCCUCCGGGGCCACGAGGCCCAGAGGGCGGGACCCCUCGACGAGAAGGCGGCGGACGCGGUCUCACCUGGAACCGCCCCUAAGACGACAGCGGCCAACCUGACUGAGCGCUUCCCGGUGCCGGGGCGCCCGCCCUCAAGGUCCCCGCCGUCGGGGAGUCGGCGGCGGGCGGGCCCCGAGGCCGCAGCCCCGAACUUUAGGAGCAGGGACGGGCGCCCGCGCCCAUGACAGCAGCCCGCGCGGCACAAGGCGCGCCCGGCUUCCGGCCCGCAAGAGGCGGUGCGACCGAGGCCCCGUCGGGCCAGUCGCGCCGCUUCCGCCGGACUAGUCCCAGCCAAUCCGGCCCAUCUGAGCCAAUCCCGGCGCGCGCCGUGGGCGCCGGCCCAUUGCAGCCAAUGAGAGGUCCGGGCGGCCCGGCUGCGCUGGGGGCGGAGGCGGGAAGCGCGGCGAUGGCGGGCAGGCGCGGCGCUCUCAUCGUGCUGGAGGGUGUGGACCGCGCGGGGAAGAGCACGCAGAGCCGCAAGCUGGUAGACGCGCUGUGCGCCGCGGGCCACUGCGCCGAGCUGCUGCGCUUCCCGGAAAGAUCAACUGAAAUUGGCAAGCUUCUGAGUUCCUACCUGGAAAAGAAGAGCGAGGUGGAGGACCACUCGGUGCAUCUGCUCUUCUCCGCGAACCGCUGGGAACACGUAUUCCCUCACGGCUGGCUUCCUAAGUCCACCUCACGAUCUCCACUCUUCCUCUUCUCUCCCGUCCCGGCGGCCUGCUCUCCGGAAAGGCUGCUCCACCUUGGAUUAAGUGAUGCCAGUGGAUGGACGUUCAGGUGGUUGUGCCUUGUUCCCUCUCACAGGCCGCUAAUUAAGGAGAAGCUGAGCCAGGGCGUCACCCUGGUCGUGGACAGGUACGCCUUUUCCGGGGUCGCCUUCACCAGCGCCAAGGAGAAUUUCUCUCUGGACUGGUGCAAGCAGGCGGACGUGGGCCUCCCCAAGCCGGACCUGGUCGUGUUCCUGCAGCUGCAGCUGCCGGAGGCCGCCGCGAGGGGCGAGUUCGGCCGUGAGCGCUACGAGAGCAGCCCUUUCCAGCAGCGGGCCCUGCAGCGCUUCCAGCAGCUCCUGGGAGACUCCAGUCUGCCGUGGAAGGGACUCAUGUUUGUACGGCUUACUCACCAGCAACCCGUAUUCCUCGCAAUUGGAGGCGCAGAUGGCCCCAGGUGGGGCAGCCAGCUGUCGGGUCGGAGCCCAUCGUACCAGGGAGAGGAGUCGGACCCGAGUUGGGCUCCCGGCGGAACUUGGGGUCCAGGCAGUGGACGCCUCCAGGAGCAUCGAGGACGUCCACCGGGAAAUCCGCGUGCUGUCUGAGGGCGCCAUCCGGGCCGCUGCACACAGGCCGCUGGGGCAGCUGUGGACGUAGAGGGACAGGACCCCCGUCUGCCAUCCGCAAGGCAGGAGCCGCGUGUGCACAGCGACCGGGGGGGCGAAGCGGGGCUCCCCGUGGAGCGGCCUUCUCCUGCCCUCACCUGUGCCCCGAAGAUACUAAUAAAUUAGUUAUUGUGUUCUGCUUA